UUGUGUUACUUUGGGGGAAGUUUCUUUGACUAUUUUGGCAAUACUGUUCAGUCGUCAAGUGUGUAUGUGAAAGCAAUUGGAUUUUACUUAUUUUGAAAUUACGUUCCCUGUUGAGGGUGUUGGUGGUGUAUCAUGUCAAGUUUGCUUAACCGGUCAACCUCCAUGAUGAAUGGUGGAGAAAUGUUCUUAGGGGGGACAGCAGGAUUGGGUGGGAGUGGUGAUGGAGGGGGGGGAGGCACAUCAUUGCGGGAUUCCAUAGUAGGUGUGAUAGGAGCACGGCACUUAAGAGAAUCACCUACCUCAUCACCCCUGCAGAUAUUUGUGCGAAGCAAAAAGAAAAUCAAUGACAUCUACCAAGAAUUGAGGAAUAUGUUGCAGAAACUACACAUUUUUUUGGAAGGUCUUCAUAAUGACAAGGGUCUUAUUGAUGCCAAAAAGCUUUACAAAGAAUUCAGAGAAUACAGUGCGAUUGCAGGCAUCAGGAAGUUUUUGGCACGAGAUCACAUGAAGGUGGCUUUCUUUGGAAGAACAUCAAAUGGAAAGAGCACAGUUAUUAACGCUAUGCUGGGCGAUAAGAUCCUGCCAUCUGGUAUUGGCCACACUACCAAUUGCUUUCUGCAAGUUGAAGGAGUGGAAACAAGUGAACCUUACUUGACGACAGAAGGAAAUUGUGAGAAACAAAACAUAAAGGGUAUAGGUCAGUUAGCCCAUGCCCUGUGUAAUAAUAAAUUAGGUGAUUCCUCUUUAGUGCGUAUUCACUGGCCAAAAACAAGAUGCCCGCUUCUCAGAGAUGAUGUUGUUCUUGUUGAUUCCCCUGGCAUAGAUGUCUCAGAAAGCUUAGAUGAAUGGAUUGACAAGCAUUGCCUUGAUGCUGAUGUAUUUGUGUUAGUGGCAAAUUCAGAAUCAACUUUGAUGAACACAGAAAAGAACUUCUUUCACAAAGUCUCCUCAAGGUUGUCAAAGCCAAACAUUUUCAUUCUUCAAAAUAGAUGGGACAUGGCUGCAUCUGAACCAGAAUUUUUGAAUGAGCCUAACACAGGACAGUGUGAGGUACGCAAACAACACUUAGAGCGAACAGUAGGCUUUUUGAAAGAUGAAUUGAAGGUGAUUCAGGGACCACAAGCAGAACAAAGGGUCUUCUUUGUGUCAGCAAAAGAAGUGCUUCAGCAUCGUUUAAGUGAAUCAAGAGGGCAGCCAAAUAACACCUCUGGAUAUCCAGAAGGAUUCACAAGUCGGUAUUUUGAAUUUCAAGAUUUUGAGAAGAAGUUUGAGGAAUGUAUUUCAAAAACUGCAGUUAUAACAAAGUUUGAACAACAUACUCAACGAGGGAAAAGUAUAUCAGGUGAAAUUCAGGUUAUUGUUGGCAAAGUCAUGGAGCGAUCUUGGCAAGAACGUGAAGAGAAGAUGAAAGAUAGACAAUCACUUUGGGCACGAUUAGACCACACUGAGAAGGAGUUACAUGCAUUAACAACUCAGAUGAAAGAAAAAAUCUGCUCAAUAGUAGAUGAUGUUGAACGAAGAGUAUCUAAUGCCUUGAAUGAAGAAAUUAGGCGGCUGUCUGUACUAGUAGAUGAAUUCAAUGAGCCUUUCCAUCCAGAUCCUCUUGUACUGAAUGUUUACAAGAAGACCCUACAUUCCCAUGUAGAAUCUGGAUUAGGAUCAAAUUUAAGGGCACGACUAUCAUCAGCUCUAGCUUUAAAUAUUGAAAGCAAUCAGGCUGAAAUGACGAAUCGAAUGCUGGCUCUUCUACACAGUGAAAGAAGAGAACUUGCCUCUACAAUGUUGCCACGAAGAGAGCCUUUCGAAAUUCUGUAUCGCCUUAACUGUGAAAAUCUCUGUGCAGAUUUUAAGGAAGACAUAGAGUUUAAAUUUUCCCUAGGGUUGGUUGCUUUAGUUCAGCGUGUCUUAGGUAAAGCCAGCAGCCGUAUUGUGAAUUCCAAACACAAGGAAAAUAUUUCACGAAGUGUUCCAAUGACACCUAUGACCCCAAGCAAUGAACCCCAGUUUGCAGUUUCUCAAGAUGAUUGGUCAAUCAUUAGUCGAUUUGCAGUUGCCACUGUUGGUUCUCAAGGUACCAUGGGAUUAGCAUUAGCAUUAGGGCUUCUUUUCAAAACUGUUGGGUGGCGGUUCAUAGUGUUCACAGGUGGAGUAUAUGGUUGUCUAUAUGCAUAUGAGAGACUCACUUGGACAAACAAAGCAAAAGAGCGUGUAUUCAAGAAGCAGUAUGUUGACCGCACCCGAAAAUUAAGGCUAAUAGUAGAUCUAACAUCUCACAACUGUUCUCAUCAAGUUCAGCAGGAGCUCAGCGGUACAUUUGCCCGUCUUUGUCGAUUGGUUGAUGAAAGUACCAGCGAGAUGCAGAGAGAUGUACGAUCCUUGGAACGUGAAGUGCAGCAGUUGGAGGAUACUACGGGGCUAGGCAAAAGAAAGUUGAGAAAUAAAGCCCACUAUUUAGCUAAUGAGUUAGAUAUCUUUCAGCAGACUUAUUUGUCAUCUGAUGAGUGAUUACUUAGGAAAGAUUAGUAAAUAUAUAAGGUUGAGUCACAGUUUCAUAAUCCAAGAUUAUUUUGUUAAUGUUGAGUGUACAGAAAGAAUAUUUCAUAUUUUUAGUAUAGUUUCAUCUCAUCUCAUAUCUAUGAAGGAGAGAGCAUUCACUGCUUUAUAAUUAUAUACUAAUUGAGAAAGGUAAGUGGCAUUAUUAUUUUUAUUAUUAUUGAUAUCGCUACCUAUGUGAACCCCAUAGUAAAUAAUGUGCCUGGAUUAUAUUUCAGUGAAAUUGAUCAAAUUUGUACAAUUUUAGUUGUUUUGUAAUCCAAAUAAAAGUAAUAUUUUGGGUAGAAUAGAGUAAAAUUAAUCAUUUCAUGCUGGAAAAUAUGUAGAUUAAGUUUACCAAAAAGCAUGAAUUUUUUAUUAAGUUAGAUGCCAGCUUGCAAAGAAUUAAUUUCAUACAUGAAAUUUCAUCACAAGAAUUCAUGUAGUUAAUAAUGUAGUUUAUACCUGUUAAAUCAUUAGUAACUUGAAAGUUUUUAAUAGGAAAAUAUGUGAUGCUGUUCAUCUGUAAGCCUACCUCUUGAAGUGUUUAUUGCAUUAAACAA